AUGUGGGGGGUUCUUCCAAUUUUGGCAGUCUCCCAAAUUUCUAUAGUAUCUCGUACGUUAAAAUCGCUGAAACUGCGGUCAAAAAAAGCGUCAUUCUUCUUUCUUAAAAAAACUCCUACAUCUUGGCCAUCAUACAUAAUUUGUCGCGUUCGUGGCACUCUGUUUCACGUGUUUCUUACCGUACUACAUGUAUGUAUAAUACAUAAACAUAUUUAUGUCAAAAAUCAGAGAACAUCCGGAAAAUAUUAUAUCCGGCAUUGACACUGAAUGAACAAAUUAGUAAUGCCUAUGUAACACCACCGUCUCAAAAAGCCACGUUAAUAUAACGAUUAUUCCCCGCAAAUAUCUGGGGAAUCGUCAACUCCCCAAUUUAACGGCUAUUCAAAUGACCCACGCAAAAAACUCUGUACUUUGUCGGAAAAUGGACUUUAAUUUACGCUGGUAAUUGUAUUGAAAAUGUAAAUAUGUCAUAGCUGUCAAUCAAAUUUGUGACAUCUGAGGGAUCAAAUUGUUCUCGGAAACGCGAAAGAUCGUGUGUUUCAAAAUAUUAUAAUUCUGACGCCGCGGAGGAAGGUAAUUAACCUUUUAGGGUAAUUGGGAUAAUUUUAAAACAAAUUGAUUAAGAUCAAAAAGAAAAAUGCCGAAGACGGUUAAGAAUAAGAUGAGGUAGGUUACGGAAUAUGGAAGGAAUUGAAAGUUUAGCAAUAGCAAAAGGAGUAGUUGUUGUUCUAAGACAGUCGAACCUGUGUACAACGGGGACCAAAAACCUACUCGGUCAUCGUUGUAUGAAGAUUCGUACAGCUUAAAAUUGACUUUCUAGCGCAGAGAAUUGUUUGCUAUAGGCAGGACUUGUUGUACGUCAGUUCGCUGGGAACAAAAUGACAUUUCGAAGACCCGAAUUAAAUUACUGCCUAAUAAUUCUGCUGCUCUAUUUUGUUCUAGUGAUUCUGCGAGCCACCUACUACUGGGACAGAGAUUACAGUUUGGAAUAUGAUCUAAUAGAUCCCUCGACGGAACACAUAGUUUCCGAGAAGGACUUCGUAGCCAGAGAAUUGAUUGACUAUGAAUUCUCCCAUCCAUUUGAAAACUCGUGUGUUUAUCCAAAUUUGCAACCAGGUAAGUUCGAGAUAUGUGUCAGAACGCUGUAGUUUGUUGGAAAAAAAUGUUAUUUUAUUGGGUUUUAGAAGACCCCACAAUUCUUGACCUCCAUCACCAUCGAGUUGAAUAUGAAUGCCCUGAAUCCAAGUUCAAUAACUUUGUUCAUCAAUUCGAAGACGGAUCCUUUAUGAUCAGCGAACCUUUUCAGUCGACGAUGCAUCUAAAUUCAAACGAUGUCAGCUGCUACUUUCGAGAACUGACUGGAGCCUUGUGGCCAACAAUAAAUGUCUAUCGGUUUAAAGGGCUGUGGAAGAAAUUGCCGUUAGAGAAAAGGUUUCGGCUCGAGAAGGACCAAUUUGUGAUCAAGUGCUGGGAAAUAGAGAGUCACACAUUGGGUAAAAAACCACACUGUUGAAUCAAUCAGUUUCAGUCUAUCACAACGCCUACUCCAACGCUCCGUUCAAACACGAAUUGAAGGCCGAAACCCUCACAAAGGAUUACAGUCUUGCUAUUUUGCAAAUCGAUUCAACCUCGCGCAACGCUUUCGUCCGCCAUUGUCCAAAAACACUCAGAUUUAUGUUGGAAAAUGGCUACGAUUUUCUUCAUGGCUACACCAAGAUCGGCGAUAACUCCGCCAUAAACACGUUGGCGCUCUUGAGCGGAAAAGUGUUUGAGCCAGAAAUAAGGAAUUUGAGUGGAUAUGUGGAUAAGCGGGAUUUUUUGGAUGAGGAUGAAACAUUGGGCAAUUUCCAAAAAUUGGUUCCGUUUUUGUUCAAUGUUAUGAAAGGUGAGCUUAGGUAAUGUCACGCUACAACUACCAACAUCUCUGUGCCUUUAAUUUGAGUCCCAUCGCUAAACACCUGAGAUCUUCUUGGCAUUCCGUCCCAUUCGAAGAUUCUCGAAGCUCUCUAUGGAAAUAUGAAUUCUCGGUAUUGUUUUUGCUCUGACUUAGAUAUUGCAGAUCUAGUUGAAUUAUUUUUUCAUUCAUUCAUAUCCCCACAGUGAUCACUGCUGUUACUCCUCCAAGGUAAAACUUCUAUUCUAUAUCUGGCCUGCCUCUUCAUAUUGCAACUGGGAUACAACACCUUAUUUACGCAGAGCAAAACUGUGUAUCUUUUUCAGAUCGUGGUUGUGUAACCUUCUUCAACGAUGAUAUUGGAAUGACAAACAAAGGGCUUUUUCAUUACCAAGCUUUCACUGGAUUCCGAUCCGUACCUACGGAUUACUAUUAUAGGUAAGAAUCUAUACAACCAUAGAAUUUUGUUUUUUCAGGCCCUAUUUUGAGUACAUUUAUCAAAAUUUCGAUGCAUCUUACAGUUGCGCCAAUGGAAAACUUCUGAUCCCAUUCUGGUUGAGAACUUGGAAGAAGUAAGUUGUAAUGUGGCCUUGCAUGUUUGUUGUGUGGCUCUAACAAGAAAUUUUUUGUUUCAGCUACCUUCUCGCCUACAAGAACUAUUGCCAUUUCUCGUUCAACCAUUACUCUCUGUUUACUCAUGGCGAUGGUAGCAAUCUACAAUUUUACGACAAGUACCUAUACAACAUCCUAAAAGAGUUAAAGGAGUCUGGAGUUUUGAACAACGCGUUUUUAUUGAUCAACGGAGAUCACGGACAGAGAAUUGUAAGGCAGCAAACAACCCGUUUCUUUCGUCAACUUCAACCGUUCUUUAGCUAUAACUUUAGCAGAGGGCAACAUCCCUGUCUUAUUUUACGUAGCAUUAAUCAGAUCAUUAAGAUCUGCCUUUGAAGCUUUCUAUUUGUUGUAACUUGUACGGAUUUUCAGCACAGAAUCCGAGGAACCUACUACGGGCGAGUUGAGGAAAGAAUGCCACUAGCCGCCCUGUCAAUUCCUCAACGAUUCAAACAAGAACAUCCCGAGCUCUACUUGAAUUUGAAGAAGAACAAAAACAGAUUUACUUCUACUUUUGAUCUUCAUGAGACUCUGAAAGAUGUCGCGAACAAUUUUAUCGCGUAUGACGGAGAAAGUGGGAAGUUGCAAAACGAUGGAAAUGGCGUUUAUAGGAUUGGAACAAGUUUAUUCCAAGAAAUCUCGAAGGACAGAAGUUGUAGAGAAGCCAAGAUACCAGAUAAUUUUUGUGUUUGUCAGGUAAAACUAAACAAAACGGAAGAUAUCGACUGGAUGGAGAUUACGGUAUGUGGAAAUUGUUAAAGUAAUCGUCAAUUUAAAGCUUCCCGGUUAAAACGAAAUUUUAAAAAUGCCUAGAAAUCUAAAAACAUUCAUUCAAGAAAAUUCAAAAUCAUCCUUCUUGCACUACAAAAAUACUGUACCGAAAACAUUAAUUGGGGUUGUAAACGCGAUGUUUAGCGGACCUUGUCUGCAAUUUAAUGCGUUUCAAAGCUCACCCGCAAAGACUUUUUGGUCUUUUUUCUGAGUGACGCGAGAGUUGAGGCGAGUGGUUUAUUAUAUAUGAUAACAUUGACGUGGUCAAAUACGGUAUUACUUUAGUAGCUUGUAAGAUCAAAAAAUAUUUUUGGGAGUUUUUUCAAAAAAUCGAGAGCUGUGAACUAAUCAAUCCCCAUUUUUUCUAGGUGAACUUUUUCCUUUUCAUUUGAUUGUCCUAGAAGUUACAGUAACCCCUUAAAUUUUUAGAAAAACGCUGGAUUUUUGAUGAAAUCACACAUAAGAAAUUUCAUCACAAAUUCAUGUUUGUCUUCACAAAAUAUUACUAUUGAUCUGCCUACCACAACUUCAAAUGUCUGCAGUAUCCGUCCAAUCAUCCGUUCGGGACCCAGAACCAUGGAUAUUUGGGAGUAUCGGAAGAAACAUACAAUUGGGGUCGAAAAUUUGACUGUUGAUAUCUUGGAUGUGGAAUUUGUUAGCACUAUUACUACCAAUGGCAAAGAGAAACUAGAGAGCGGGUGCUUUGAAAAUGGAACAAUCAAACUUCUUUUUCGAUUUCAGUAUAAUCGAAAUAACACAAAUAAUUUGAUGAAUAUGAAUGUGGAGCCAAUGAUUAUUAGUGGAAAUUGUACUGGAAGGAUAUUGGAUGUGGUUUGCAAUAAAUAG